AUGUCCACCGCUUCUGUCGCCUCUUCUUCCAUCGAUUCAAACGCCACCAGCAGGUGCAACCACCGCCACCACCGGCCCGUUGUUGGGGAGGAGGCGCUGCUGAUGAAGCCUGCCGGUGCUUCUGGGGGGUCAAGCAACGAAGGCAGCAGGGAGGGAAGCAUGACAAUAGAUUGGGACAAGGCAACGGAGAGACAUCGUGUGCAGGACAUGAUCCACUCGAAGGCGUCAUCCACAUCGUCGUCGCCGCCGUUUGCUGCUGCACCGAGCUCAUCUGUAACUCCUUCCCUCGGCAACAGUGGCGAGAUCGCUUACGGUUUCGUUUCUCACCUGGACGCUACGUCCAACAUCGGAGGGGGGGGGGGGGGCGAGUUAGGGGCCCCCGCCGUCGGGCCACCGGUGAACCAGGGCCGUCCCACCAAGAACUGGAGGGUCAGCAAGGAAGCCGCCAGUCUUCUCGCUUGCCAAGGCAACAAGAAUAAGGCGGCGAAGGGGGCGGAGGCUUACUCGGUGGCGCACUGCCUCGAGGUUCCGUCGCCUUCUUCGGGCGACGCGCGGGGCGUUUCUAAGCAAACCCCCGAGACGGUAGGCGGAAAGGUCUCCGCCCUCGAGCAGAGGUGCCUAACCGGCGAGGGCCGGGUGGACAAGGACCUGCUGCUUUCCGAGCUGCUGGUGGAGCUCCACCGAAGGGUCAAGCUCUUGGUGGGGCUUCAGCGCCAGAAGAGAAACCAGCAGCGACGGACUAGGGUCGAGCCGCUGAUGCCGCUGAUGCCGCGGCAAGCGGCGGCGCCUGCGGCGCCGGCGAGUCCGGAGGAGAUGGCCGAGGAGGAGGGGGAAGGGGACGAGCUGUACGGGUUGGAAGCGCUGGAGUUCUUCAAGCGCAUCCGCAGCCUGGGCGCGUACCCGCCGCCGACCUUGUGCAGCCUCCUGGUGCAGCUCCUGGCGGCCGAGGGUAUGCUGGAGGAGGCGGAGGAGCAGUUCGCCGACAUGCUCAAGUACGGCAUGCUCCCCUCGGAGUCUUGCGCGACCAUGGUCAUCCGUCUUCGCGUGCAGAGAGGGAAGCUGGCGGAGGCGAUGGAGGUCUUGGCCAUGAUGGAGGGAAGGGAGUACCAGAAGAAGUUCUGUCGCCCCCGCUUCCGUUCGUAUCAGCCGGUCAUCUGCGAGCUCUUGCGGAGGGGGGAGAUGGACGGGGUGAUGCAGCUGUGGAAGCACAUGGAGUGGCACAGCAUCCGCCCGAAGGAGUCGUUUCUGCUGGACCUCAUCGAGGGGAUCGCGAAAAACCACCAAGUCUCGUCCAGAGACUCCCUCGCGCAGCUCGCGGACCACCUCCUGGACGGGAUGUCCAAGACCCUCAUCUACCCCUCCGCACCCACCGUCAAGACUCUCGUUGAGGGGUGGAACGCGAAGUGGACGGACGUGUCGGAGCAGGGCACAUGCACUACAUGCGGCGAGAUGCUCCAGGGCACGAGGCUCACCCCGGAGGACCGAGCGAGGAUGAGGAGCUCGAUCGUGCGCAUCGCCGCGCAGAACGGGGCUAGAGAGGUCCAGCGGCUAAGCUGGUUCGCCAAUUGGUUCUGUUCUCUGGAAGACCCUCCGACGGCCAUCAUCGACGGCCCCAACGUCGGCUUCAUGAACCAGAACUUCAAGGAAGGCGGGUUUUCGCUCACCCAGGUCGACUGGCUGGCAGAACACCUGAAAUCCAAGGGAGAGCGUGUCCUCAUCACGAUGCCGUGGUACUAUUGCAAGGACGACAAUUUCCCGAUGAGGGCCGACCGGAGAGAAUCGCCCGAAAGUGGAGUCGCAUGGAUCCGCAACAGGAGAUGA